GCCCGGCUGGCCCAGCCCCUCCACUGGUGCCAAGGAAUGUGCCUGGGAGAGGCCGGCGGGGCGGCAGAGUCGCGGCCACCUGGAGGCGGCGCGCAGGUCAGCGUGGAGGUGCCGGGUCACCAUGCUCAGUCUCAAGCUGCCCCAACUCCUUCGCAUCCACCAGGUCCCUCGGGUGUUCUGGGAAGACGGCAUCAUGUCUGGGUACCGCCGCCCCAGCAGCUCCGCCCGGGACUGUGUCCUCAGCUCCUUCCAGAUGACCAACGAGACGGUCAACAUCUGGACUCAUUUCCUGCCCACCUGGUACUUCCUGUGGCGCCUGCUGGCGCUGGCGGGGGGCCCGGGCUUCCGCGCGGAGCCCUACCACCGGCCGCUGCUCGUCUUCCUGCUGCCCGCCUGCCUCUACCCCUUCGCGUCGUGCUGCGCGCACACCUUCAGCUCCAUGUCGCCGCGCGCGCGCCACAUCUGCUACUUCCUGGACUACGGCGCGCUCAGCCUCUACAGCCUGGGCUGCGCCUUCCCCUACGCCGCCUACUCCAUGCCGGCCUCCUGGCUGCACGGCCGCCUGCACCAGCUCUUUGUGCCCGCCGCCGCGCUCAAUUCCUUCCUGUGCACCGGCCUCUCCUGCUACUCCCGGUUCCCCGAGCUGGAAAGCCCGCGGCUCAGUAAGAUCCUCCGCACGGCCGCCUUCGCCUACCCCUUCCUGUUCGACAACCUGCCUCUCUUCUACCGGCUUGGCCUGUGCUGGGACCGGGGCCACAGCUGCGGGCGGGAGGCGCUGAGCUCCAGCCACACCUACCACCUGCUCUGCGCGCUGCUCACCGGCUUCCUUUUCGCCUCGCACCUGCCCGAGCGGCUGGCCCCCGGGCGCUUCGACUACAUCGGCCACAGCCACCAGCUGUUCCACAUCUGCGCGGUGCUGGGCACCCACUUCCAGCUGGAGGCGGUGCUGGCUGACAUGGGGUCUCGCCGCGCCUGGCUGGCCGCGCAGGAGCCCCCCUUGGGCCUGGUGGGCACGCUGGCCACGCUGGGCCUGGCGGUGGCCGGGAACCUGCUCAUCAUUGCCGCCUUCACGACCUCCCUAUUUCGGGCCCCCAGCACGUGCCCCCUGCUGCAGGGUGGCCCGCCGGAGGGGGGAACGAAGGCCAAACAGCAAUGAGCCUGCCCUGGGGAAAGGCAGAGGCCAGGCCCCCCUCCCCUCCCCAUGCCGGGGAGGAGCCCGGAAGGGGCACGUCGGGGCCUGGGGCCGAG